AUGCGACCGCUCACUAUACGUCGAUCUGCCCGUCACAUUGAAUCAAUUUUAGAUGCCACUGUGAUCCGUGACUUCAGCUGGACCGGUGCAGAAAGUGUCGAAAAGGUCAUGGCCGAGAAUAAGAGGGCCGAUGAGACAAUGCGACAUCAGUUCAUUGGUACAUAUAGCGGUUUGACAAGAAUGUAUCCGAGGCGCUACUGGAGAGUUGAGCCUGCACCGAUCACUAUCGACUUGUUCGAUCCGAAAUUUCGACCAUGGUUUGUGAAUACCGAGUCAGCACCGAAGGAUAUUGUGUUUCUCAUUGACUAG